UACGUAAUCCUUAACACCACACGAAAACUCGUGUACCUCUAAUUCGUUAGUUUAAAUUUUUUACUUCCAAAAGAAAAUGAAUUUAUCUAAACCUUCCUCUUCCUCUUCUGCUGCCGACGCCCCUGGUUUACUUUAUGCUGGCUUUAACCAAGACUUUGGUUGUUUUGCAACAGGGCUAGAUAGUGGGUUCAGAAUUUAUAAUUGUGAUCCUUUAAAAGAAAAAAUGCGAAAAGAUUUCGAAGACGGUGGAAUAUCGAUCGUCGAAAUGUUAUUUCGCUGUAACUAUCUUGCGCUUGUAGGCGGAGGGAAAAACCCAAAAUAUCCACCAAACAAAGUGAUCAUAUGGGAUGAUUUGAAAAGUAAAGGAAUUGUUGAGUUGGAGUUUCGAAGUGAAGUGAAGAAUGUCAAAUUGAGGAGGGAUAGGAUCGUCGUUGUUCUUGCCAACAAAGUUUUCGUUUACGUUUUCAGUGCUAAUCCUCUAAAACUCCAUACCUUUGAGACGAUCGAUAAUGAUAAAGGUUUGGUUGCUCUUUCUUCGUCACAAAAUCAUGCCAUAUUAGCGUUUCCUGGUCGACAAAAGGGUCAUAUUCAAAUCGUAGACCUCAAUACCUUCCAUGCAAGCACGGCUGUUACAAGUAAUAAUAGCAACACCCUUCCUACACACUCAUCAUCAACAACUUCCUCAUUUCCACAUCAUAGACAUUCUUUUUCAUCGUCAAGUCAUAAUGAUCACCAGUUUCCAAAUAUGGAUAGGCGACCAAGUAUGUCCAACACUGGAAAGAUAAAAAAUUCUAACUCAAUAAAUUCAAGCGGGAGCACAACGGUGAUGACGACAAAUGUCAGUAUUAUUCCUGCGCAUUCUGGAAAAUUAAGUUGUUUAUCAGUGAACUCGGAUGGAAGUAAAUGCGCUAGCGCCAGUGAAAAGGGUACACUUAUAAGGGUUUUUGAUACUUCAUCUGGCAAAUUAUUAAAUGAAUUACGAAGAGGUGUAGAUCGUGCGGAAAUAUAUAGUAUCGCGUUUGACCAAAGUUCUACGCGUCUUUGUGUAUCUUCGGACAAAGGCACAGUACACAUCUUUAAUUUAGAUGCCAUUUUAGGGAAUGGUGCAAGUCAUUCACCUAAUAAUGGAUCAUAUUAUGCAGAAAAAGUAAUCAAUUCUUUUUAUAGUAAUCCAAUGUUAUCACCAUCACCAAGCGGAAAUCGUCAGUCAAGUUUUUCGUUUAUGAAAGAUUUACUUCCAAAAUAUUUUUCGUCAGAAUGGUCUUUUGCGCAUUUUAAAGUUAUAGCGGAUUGCCGAUGUAUUUGUGGAUUCGGUCAAGAAGUUAACACCAUUAUUGUUAUAUGUGCAGAUGGAAGUUGUUAUAAAUUUCUCUUUGAUCCUCGCAAAGGUGGAGAAUGUGUACGAGAACAUUAUACAAGAUUUUUAAAAGACCUGGAUGAAUAGAAAAAUAGAACAAAAAACAACAAAUUCAUAAUAUUAAAUUGGUUCAUUAUAUUUUAUUUAAUUAUCAAACCUAUUAACUAUAUUGGGAUUUAAUGGACCAUAAAAUUACCCUGAUGAAUUUACGCAAUUACCUUGAAUUAUAUUAGGUUUAUUUCGUAUUUCCUGGAUUAUUAUUUUAAUAUAUAAUGGUGCAUGAGAUGAGAUUGGAUUUUAGUUUUUCACUUUAUUUUAUGCUUAGCUUAUUUAUCAUUAUUUUUUACGAAAAAAAAAUAAUGACUUUUUUUAUUUGUUUAUAUAAUGUAUAUUUAUAUAUAAUGUGUAUUUAUGUGCAUUCUUUUAGUAAAAAAAUUAUCCAUCAACUGGAUGAUAAAUUUAUUGUUAUUUUAU